AUCACCCAGUUCCUCCUCCUGGCAUUCGCAGACACACGGGAGCUGCAGCUCUUGCACUUCUGGCUCUUCCUGGGCAUCUACCUGGCUGCCCUCCUGGGCAACGGCCUCAUCUUCACCACCAUCGCCUGUGACCACCACCUCCACACCCCCAUGUACUUCUUCCUCCUCAACCUCUCCCUCCUCGACCUUGGAUCCAUCUCCACCACUGUACCAAAAUCUAUAGCCAAUUCCCUCUGGGACAAUAGGGCCAUCUCCUACAUGGGAUGUGUUGCCCAGGUCUUCUUUGUGUUGUUCUGGUUUGGUGCCGAAUAUUCUCUUCUCACGGUCAUGUCGUACGACCGCUACAUUGCCAUCUGCAAACCCCUGCACUACGGGACCCUCCUGGGCAGCAGAGUCAAUGCCAUGGAUCAGUUCUUCUGUGAAAUCCCUCAGAUCCUCAAGCUCUCCUGCUCAGAUGCCAUCUUCAGGGAGGUUAGGAUUCUUGUGGUCGGUGUAUUAGUAGCAUUUGCCUGUUUUGUUUUCAUUGUGGUGUCCUAUGUGCAGAUCUUCAGGGCAGUGCUGAGGAUCCCCUCUGAGCAGGGACGGCACAAAGCCUUUUCCACGUGCCUCCCUCACCUGGCCGUGGUCUCCCUGUUUGUCAGCACUGCCAUGUUUGCCUACCUGAAACCUCAGUCCUUCUCCCACCCAUCUAUGAACUUAGUGGUGUCAUUUCUAUAUGCAGUGGUUCCUCCAGCAGUGAACCCCCUCAUCUACAGCAUGAGGAAUAAGGACCUCAAGGAUGCAGUGUGGGAACUUAUAACUGGAUGGAUCUAUGGUGCAAUAAAAUCCUGA